AUGAUAUAAAAGGCACUUGCUAGGGCACGCUAUUUGACACGAAGAUUAGUCACAAAACAUGGAACACUUUGCUUCCUUUAUCGUCUGUACUCUAUUGCUGUUGAACGUGUAUGGCACUGAGGGUAGUUCAACAAGCCAGCAACAAUGUACAGUUCGAAACGUAUGCAAUUUACUCGAUAACGUCUCGAACCGGCAAGAUCGUUUGGAGAAGAAGGUUAAAGAACACAGCGCGAUACUUGGUGGUCGCUGUGAUGAAGGUAAGGUUAAUGAGCAUUUAGUUUUUUUUGGUCAACUCCACUAAUAAAAAAAUCUCUAGCGCGGUGAAAGUUCUUAGAGUGAAAAUUAUGCACCACGUUGCGGCAUCUCUCGUAUAGAGGCAUGCAAAAUGGAAUUUAGGGUAGCUUGCGUUGCAGGCGACCCGCGCAUAGCAGGCAUUAGGGCCUGGGGAGGGUAACUCUUUUACAUGAAUUAUUUCAUAUAUACUUCACAUCAUUUCACUCCUCACAGGAGAUAUGAAGUCAAUAAAUUGACCUCGCUCCCAAUGUGUGGCUUCAUAGCUCAGUUGGUAGAGCAACGCAUCGGUAACGCGGAGGUCACGGGUUCGAAUCCCAUUGAAGCCCUGUUUUUUUUUCAGGCUUCUUCUUUCCAAUUGCUUAAAUCGGAAAAUUUACUGCGAUGAUCAUUCUUCGCUUUCAUCUUUUACAUACCUCGUUUAGAACUUUGCAUCUCUUUUAACUGCUGUAAAUGUAUUGUCUUUUAAAUACGAAUGAAAUCCCUUUUCUUUUAUAUACCUGAGGCCUAAAAAGGGACCCCUUUCGGGCGGAGCCUCCCCGUAUAGGCCAUCAUAGGAAGUACCUCUCCGGGCAUUAGGGCUGAGCCCAUUGAAAAUUGUUGCAUCGAAGGGUCCUUCUAGAGCGCAAUAUGCGAAGGCUGUGGGUUUUAAUUUCCUUAGCCGGCGAAAACAGACGUUUCUCAGCGGCAAUGAACGAGGAGAAACGUCUGUUACAGGCUAUAAUUUCUCUUUCAAAUAAUUUUCUUGGCUAUGAGAGAUACAUAUUUGGAAGUUUAUAAAAGUUCGGGUGGAUUUUCACUGUCGCGUAAUUUUUCACACCGUAAAUUCAGUAUGUGUGUAAAUAAAAUAGAGGCAAUUAAAUGUAUAAAAGGAAGAAGCAGCCUAUUGCUGUAAAAUAGAGUAAAAGGCAAUCAGGAAAAAAAGAAACUGUAAAUUUGACUCGGUUCCUAAUGUUAUGAACUGAAUCAAAUGUAGAGGGAUUUGUAUGGAGCCAUCGGAACAUAACUGGGCUAAUAUCUCAGAGACAAUUUGCUCCGAAAUUCUAGUUUUUCAUGAAGUAGGCCUCCUGGACCUUGUUCUUUCAGAAUAUCCCGACAAAUCCCAUAAUUUCACAAAUUUAUUUUUUAUGACGUCACACUUUAGAACUCUAUACUCCUUGUAUAGUUGUGAUAUUUUGGUGGAAAACAUUUUUAAAGUUAUAUGUGGAGAUAACGUUUUAGUAUUUUUAGUAUACAGUUUAGUUUUAGUAUACAGUCGGCUCUCUCUUAAUGGACACCUCUAGAAGACGGACACCUCUGUAAAACGGACACUUAUAGUUGGUCCCUGCCAAUCUUUUUACUCCUUUUAUUUGACUCUAUAUAAGACGGACACCUCUCUAAGGCGGACACUUAGUGCCGGUCCCAAAGGUGUCCAUCUUAGAGAGAGUUGACUGUAUUGUUGAACCUAAGUCAUGCAUUUUACCAUUUACUUUGUCGAGUUCAUAUAAUGACUCGCAGAAUUCAUGUAAAAAUCUAAAAUAGAACAUGACAGGACGUUGCCCUUACUCUAAGGUUUCAUUCGGCCAAAUAUAAUUUGUUGAUUAGUAUUGUAAAUAUUGUAAAUAAAUUUUCUAAACUUUCUUAAAUUAUUCAACAUUGAUUUUAACAUAAACUAGUGCCGUUUGACACAUCAGUUAGGGUCGGCCUAAGAACAUCCAUACAGCCGGGUGCACAGGACAUGCAACUCACUAUAUUUACAGCACAGCUCAGUAGUGGCGAAACAGUUUAAAAUUCGCUGCAGACAAGUCUCUGGGAUUGGAUCGAAGAUCAUAAAGACAGGGACCAGUAGAUUUUCAGCUUCAGCCUUCAUCCUGUCCCCUCAGGGUGCCGAUGCACCGCUUUUGGAAUGUGUGUCUGGUGCAAAACAGCGUUGAUAUGCCCGUUAUAUAAUUAGAAAUGAUUACAUGGAGAACAAAAGAACAAAAUUUGCUAUCGGCUUCUUCGUGGUUGGAUUUCAAAACAGCUACAUCGAGGGUAGGACCUGAAAGGAAAAUUACUUUUAAUUUGAACAACCACCAGAUACAUACGACGAUUGUAGUGUGAGCGGCUGCUUAUGCGAUACAUUCGUCUAAGAGAGUCAAAGACUUUGCUAAAUCCGUUUUAUUGUCUCCUAGUUCAAGAAAUACUUGCAAUGGAGCCUUCUUUGAGCGUCGACUUCUUGUCGUUGCUUGUUAGUGGAUUGCCUCUGAUAACGAUCGAAUAACACGACGAUCCUCUAUGAUCCAAACCUUCCCUUUAACACAAAGUCUACGUGGCAGCUCAAAAAGCCUCCGAAUGGUUUGCUUUUUCUGGGACUGCAUAAGUUGUAUCGAAGAAAUUAGCCAUCGAUGAACAAACCAGCAUUUCCUUAAAGUGUGAUUGACUCCGGGCACUUGGCUUUCUUUGUCAGAAAGUCUGCUAAAAAGACUUGUGUCCCGUUCGCAUGUUAUGGCUCAUGAUUUCUGCGAAAGACAGUGUCACUGGCAUUAACUCAUGUUUUUAUAUGGUGUGUAUUUUUACCUCGCUCCUCAAUUCAUAAGCUGUAACUAUAGACAACAUAACAUUCUCUUGUCUACGCGUAGAAUUGUUUUUCUCGAAGCUAGUUCUAGCACUUUUAACUUUGUAAUGCCGUUCUUCUUUUCCGUCUGAAGAAAGUAGCCUCCUUAACAUUCCACAAAUUUUCAACCUCAGUGUGUCCCUUCAAUUAGAACAACUUGGACAAAGGACUGCUCAAUUUCCGAGGUCAUCACAGGCAGGAUUUUUUUGGUCUGGGAGAAGAGCAUCCCAAAGUUUUCUAGUGAAGUGCAUUUGCAGCUUCAUUAACUUGCUCUCAUCUCUCCCCGGCACUCUUUCUUGUGGAUCAAGUGGUCCGCAUCGUGGUGAAUGUUAAAUAAAACGACAUCGUUGAUGUUUGAGCACCAAUAUGGAAACCCAGGUGGAGGAUAGAGCCCAUCUGCUAAGCACGGAACAAGUUUUCUUGAUAAAAACAAUGUCACCACUCUUCAUCUAGUCAGAUCUAGCCACUUCUGGACACCCUUUGUCUUGUCAUUAGUUUUCACCAUUAAAUUACCCGUAAACGUUUUUACCACAACGUGCUUAGUAAAAGAACAGAGAGGUUUUGCAGUUACCACAGAGACGUGUUAUGGACGAUGUUGAAAUGGUUGCAUGUUUUUAAUUGCAGCGUUUUGUUAAUACAAUUAGUACAUUUGUUCCUCAAAAAGUAACUGAACCAAAAAUAAGCAUUCUAUUCGAAGGGCGUGGUCAUUUGUCUAGGGACAGCUUUAACAUGCGUAGAAGCAGCAUAAAAACUCUCAGAAUUUUUCUUAAUUAUCUUUACAGUACACCUUAUCACAAAUUUAAAGUGCUUCUGGUUAUAUGUAACUUAAAAUUGUUAAAGGAAAAAACUCCUUAUUUGAACAAGAAAAACAUAAUAAUAAAAUGCCCUAAAAUACCAUCUUAACACAAGAAUUGAGCUUGGCAACAAAUGAUUUUGGAAAUUAGGGUACUCGAGUUAGUAAGAAAGGCUAUGUUGCCAAAAAUCAGACAAAAAUGCUCGUGGGUGUUACAUUUUAGUUCCCUGUGUACCCGACCACAACAAAAACAGGAUAGUUUGAAAAAGCAAUUCAAAGAAAAUAGGAAAUUGUUUGGUAAACGGCCCUGUGUACAGAAGGUAAGACGUUUGGUGACUAGUCUGUGACUUAAUAGCUCUUUCCAAUUCGUUCCAAAUUGAACUUUUGGUAAUUUUAGACUAAAACCUUGUAAAAUUUAGUAUCUGCUGAUCGAUCUGAAUGUCUCAGGCGGACUACUAUGUCUUCCACUUAGGGAAAAACGAGUAGAGACUAAAAAUAAACGAAAUGGAAGCUAAAAAUAAUGUAGACUUAGUUUCUUUUUAAUAAUAUGUACUUUCUUUUCUUAUCCCAGAUGGUAGCAAGUUUUCGGCUUCUGCUGUAGUUCAAUGCGCAAGCAUGGUAAAAUCUAUUAACGACAACCACUUCACGCUGGAUGCCAGGAACCCAGGGUCAGGUAUAUGUAGAGCACUUUCUCAUCCAACUGACGAAACACAGGCUUAUAGCGUGUCAGCGGAACUUCUGAACCAGAUGGGUUGGAAGGGAAUAAACAGCGGACAUCCCGGACUACUGUACAACGCUUUGGAUGAAAACAACUUUGACUUUGUUUACUUCCGGUGAGUUUGGUCUAUUAUGAACUAGUAAAAUCCAACUAGUGGUCUAUUAUCAAUGCUGCGUUCUGAUUGGUUGAGCUACUACUAGGCUAUAUGUUAUAGCCCACUAGUAUUGCCCACUAGUAGCGAAAAGCGCCGGCUUUGAAAACCAAAACAAUGGCGGCUGAAUCGCGUUUUGCUAGCUGUAGUUGUUUUGUCUCGAUAUUUUCGACCAACUAAUUGGAUUAUACUAAAACAAUUAUUCGGCCUCAUAGGCUAUUGACUCGGAGCCCAUUCGGGCUCGAGGAAUAAUUGUUAAAUAUUUUUUUGUCACACUUUUAAUCUAAUGAGCUGACACAGGCGCAGGAUACAAAGUAAGGAAUACUGACUCUGAUAUGCAAUCGUCAAUCAGAGUAUUAGAAUAUUUUAUCACAUAACCUACCUUUAGGAAACAAAACAUAUAAGCUUGAGAGGUCCAUUGCACAGUCCUCUUGACAACAUGAGUGCACAGAUACCGUGUGGCACGAAAUUUUUGCGAGAGUUAAUUUUUGCGGAUUGGCGAUUUUUUGUUUUGCCAGUUUGAGAUUAGGACAGAUUGGUUUUUCGUGCUGGGAAUUACUUUUUGCUAUUUUCAGAAAGUACCCAGUACCCAGCAUUGACAAUAUUUUCCUUUUUAAUUGAGUACGUGCAAUAGAAAUCCAUAUUUUCAAACCAUAAACUAGUAUUUCAUUGUACACCGUUUUGUUUCUGAAUGAAAGAGACAAGUUGUGAUUGAACAGACACGAUUUCUUAGUACUGAAUUUUUGUGUAGCGAAUUUAAGUUACAGAAAAUUUACUCUGGAAUACUUUGGGGGAAAAAUGUUUGCUGUAAUUUUUAUUUGCGGGAACUUAUUUUUUGCCGAUCGCUGAAAAAAUCCGAAGAAUUAUAAUUAGAACACACAAAAAUUUCUUGCCACACGAUAGGUGAAGUACACCAUAGUUAAGAGAGACGAGAUCGUCUAGUUUUAACGUCGAUUUUCUUAUGCUCUUAUUGAAAAUGAAUUAGACCGCACUCGGCCAGCGGAUGUUACCAGACAGGGUACAUGGCCAAUGGAAAGUUGAAUUUCGUAAAGAGUGCCGCGUGUCCUAAUGGACCUCCAAAGGGUGGUGUAUGGUUCCCAGUCUCGGUCACGGUGCACGGUCAAGACGUACAAGUGUACCACAGUGGAGUCCUGGUGGCGUCCGUCAAGUCCCAUUUUGCUCCAAGGGCCUGGGGAGGAGUGUUCACUUUCCUUGCUUACAAAAAUGUGAUCCUCUUCAAGAAGUUUAAAGUUGCGCCUCAAACGCUCGUUACUAAAAGAUGCAAAAAGGUAGUGUAAAACCUCGACAUCACCAAAGCAGUACUUGACAUCGAUCAGUCGAUGACAAUGGCCGUUUUCACACUAGAGACGGAUAAUCCAUCUGCAAAAUCCGUCAAAAUUAACGGAUGAACAGAUGGACAAAGUCAGGCGGAUUUUUCAUCCAAAAUUAAAACCGUUUCAUUUUCAAAUUAAGUCGUAUUAUCUAUCUGGCGCGAAUUAUUCAACGGAUAAUCCGUCUCCAGAGUGAAAACGGCCAAUAUGAGAAAAAUUCUCAUCAGCGACUUCAGUUUUACAAAAAUUCUAAAGCGACCUAACUUUAGUUGACGAGAAUUCCUCGAGUCGACCAUAAAUUGACUCAUAAUAUAACGUGUUCUCCGAACUUUAUAUUUCUUUCACUCGUUUAAUAUUCGGUAUCACCAUUUUUACCAAAGUUAAAAUCACAAUAGCGGCUUUUUGCAAGAGCCAUAAUGACUCUUGCUUUUUCUAAGUUGUCGGUUUUAGACGAAUCUCCUUAAGGGUUGAAAUAAACCCUCAGUCACCUCCAGAUUAAUCUUCGUAAGGGUUCCCCGUAUUUUUUAUAUAGGAGUCCAUCCCCCUUCCCUGGGGGGUGGCUGGUGAAGGGGCAUUUUAGCACUUGAUUUUCCUACGCUAAAUCUUGUUCAUCUAACGGAUACACGCAGGUUAAUGAGCUACCUGGAUACACUAAAGUGGACGCUUCCCACGGACGUUGGCCGAAGGAUGGCUUCUGUCAAGUAGCUUACCUUAGAGACGGAAGUACAUCAAGUUACCAGCUCUCAGUCGAUAUGUACAACUUCAUUGGAAGUGGAAGAGUCAACUUUGGUCAUCCAGGAGUGUUUUUAAACGCUGAAGAUCAAGAUAACUAUGACUUCGUCUAUUUCAGGUUUGUUGAGAUUUAAGAGACUGCUGUCACUGUUUUGAUUUCAAACCUGAGCGAUCCCGCAAAACCUUUUUACGACCAGUUCCGUUUACGGAAGUGAUUUCGGAGAAUUAGAAGAUGUUGUUGUGAAUGAGUUAUGUAGUAUUUAAGCCUUUUACGUCAGUUUUUAGUCGCAUUCGCUUAACUUUAUGUAUUGUUUCUUUUUAUUUCCCAGGCCUCAUUCAUCCAGCGGAUGUUUUCAGACGGGUUACGUUUACAAAGGUCAACCAAAAUUUGACGGAGCAAAGUCCGCCUCUUGCCCCAACGGUCCCCCCAAGGGAGCAGAAUGGUUCAACAUUAGGGUGGUAGUGUCGAGCUCCACACCUGCCGGGGAAGUGAAGGUCUACCUCAAAGGCACAUUGGUGACGACAUUCAACCCGCGCUAUCCAAUCAGAAAACGUGGUGGUGUCUUGGUUGCCAAUGGUUACAACAAUGUGGUUUAUUACAAAAACUUUAAGUUUUUGUAAAGCAGUCAGUGUUUCUUCAAUUUAACAAAAGGCUUUUUAUAUAAAGCAAAGAAAACAUUGGACUAGAUUUAUAGCUCGUUUAUCACUUAAUAACUUUCUAUUCUAAAAUAUACUUUUUCUGCUUAUGCCAUAGUCAAGAUAACCAGAGAUCAGGCUCAAUUUUCGUUUCGCAUUGUAAAUCAACAUUCCGGCAGGCAAGGCGAAACGAAAAGAGAGCCCAAUUUUUAGCGGUAGUAGCCACAGGCGGCCCAGACGUAGUAUGUGUCAAAUGAAUAUAUUAAUAUUCACAUAGACAAAAUAUGAGUCGUCGAAACUCCCAUGAACCAAAAUAGUCCAAAGUCAAAAUAUGACAAAACAAAGCUAAGAUACCUUUAACUGAACGUAUCCUUGUCUUUCCUGGCCGGUUAAAGUGGCAUUUUGUUGAGUUUUGCAAUUGUAGGUACGUCUGGGCCGCCUGUGAUGAGAACUGCUAAAAUUGGGCCUGAUCUCAGGUUAUAGUCAAGAACAAUAAACGGACAAGUUUUGUCAAAAAACGGUUUGACUUUGUGUGGAUUUAUUUGUGACAUUCGCGUAUAGCUCUCGCUCA